AUCGUCAUCAAGCUUUAUUCCAACUUUGACUUUCAACCUGCAGACGCUUUCCCUGCCUUACGAUAAUCCCAAACACGGUUUCCCCUCCUGAAAACUUUCUCAAUGUCUAGAUUACCACCUUCAAGUAUGCGCUCCAGUGCUCAGUCAAGAGUUCCAUCACGCUCGACUGGUAACGGUGCAGGAUUCAGAGUGGUAGAAUGUCCAAGUGUACCGUUGGCUUUUACAAAUUGUUUGAUCGUUAGUCAUUCAGACUUAGGAUCUACGCCAUAUGUCAAAGCCAAAGGAAGAUAUGUGUUCACCACUCGACCAGAUAAAGCGAUACAGCCAGGAACUGUUGGCGCUAUGAAGGCUCAAAGAGCUUGGGCACAACUAUCAACAAUGGGUGACGUGGUCGACAUCACGCCUUUCGAUCCGCAGCGUGAGCUGGGUCCUAAUUGCUACUUAGGAGAACUUGAUCUCGAAGUUGGAUGGUGGCAUCAAGGUAGCGCUACUUUGGGAUCUGUAUUUGAUGCUGAUGAAAUGGCCAAGUUGAUCACACGAUCAUUCGACACACUCAUCUUUUCAGUCGGUCAGCCGCUGGUCUUCGACAUGAAUGGCGAAAAGUUGAAAGCUGUUGUCACAGGGGCUCGUACUGUCGAUGUUCAGGCAUUAGCAGACGUUUCUGAUGGUCCUCAAGAAGCCACGAUCGGAAUACUGAUGCCCAACACCAUCAUCAACCUUAUGAAAGCUCCCGACGCUAACUUGAAGAUUAAAGCGAGUAGUAAACGUGCAGCACCUAACGCUAUCAUCAAACCGAACUUCAAGUUUCAGGAUAUGGGGAUCGGAGGUUUGGACUCUGAAUUUGGAGCUAUCUUUCGAAGAGCUUUCGCCAGUCGAAUCUUUCCGCCCGGGAUGGUAGAGAAAUUGGGUAUCCAACAUGUGAAAGGUUUGCUCUUGUAUGGUCCCCCUGGAACGGGUAAAACGUUGAUGGCUAGACAAAUUGGAAAAAUGUUAAACGCUAGAGAACCUAAGAUCGUCAAUGGUCCUGAAAUUCUCAACAAAUUUGUGGGAGAGUCUGAGAAAAACAUUCGAGAGCUAUUUGCUGAUGCUGAAGUAGAAUACAAAGCGAAGGGAGAUGAAUCAGGUUUACACAUCAUCAUUUUCGAUGAAUUGGAUGCGAUUUGUAAGCAGAGAGGAUCGACGGGUGGUGGGACUGGAGUGGGCGAUUCGGUUGUCAAUCAACUUCUCUCAAAGAUGGACGGUGUAGAUCAACUUAACAACAUUUUGAUCAUUGGGAUGACCAAUCGUCUAGACAUGAUUGAUGAAGCACUCUUACGACCUGGUCGAUUGGAAGUUCACAUGGAAAUCUCUUUGCCCGAUGAGGGCGGUCGGUUACAGAUUUUAAACAUCCAUACUGCAAAGAUGAGAACAAAUAACGUGAUGGCAGGUGAUGUGAUUCUGGAAGAAUUGGCUGCUUUGACUAAGAACUUCUCGGGUGCCGAAUUAUCUGGAUUAGUCAAGUCUGCCACUUCUUUUGCUUUCAACCGACAUAUCAAAGUGGGUACUACGGCGGGAGUGGGUGACGAUCUAGAUCAAAUGCAAGUCAAUCUGGAUGACUUUUUGAAUGCAUUAGACGAAGUGAAACCCGCAUUUGGUGUGGCGGAAGAAGAGCUGAAGUCGGUUAUUCAAAACGGUAUCAUCAAGUUUGCGCCUGAGAUUGAUGAAAUCCUUCAUGAUGGUAAAUUGUUUGUCGAGCAAGUGCGGACCAGUACACGGACACCAUUGGUCAGUGUGUUGAUACACGGUCCACCAAGUUCGGGAAAGACAGCAUUGGCCGCAUCUAUAGCUCAAGCAUCAGAUUUCCCUUUCAUCAAAUUGAUUGCUCCCGAGAACAUGGUUGGAUUUUCGGAGGCUCAGAAAAUCAAUUAUCUUUUCAAAGUGUUUUCUGAUAGUUACAAGAGUCCAAUGAGCGUGAUCGUUGUGGAUAACAUUGAGAGAAUACUAGAUUGGGUUCCCAUUGGGCCGAGGUUCUCCAAUGGAGUAUUACAAGCUUUGAUGGUUUUACUAGGUAAACGACCCCCGAAAAACCAACGUCUUUUAGUCUUGGCUACUUCCUCUAGCCGAUCCAUGUUACAAGACAUGGGUAUGUCGGAUACCUUUGCCGCCGAUAUCCGAGUCCCUGCAAUCUCAACUCUUCGAAGUCUUGAAGUGGUCAUUAGUGCUGUUAAACUUUUCCCUGACCCCAAGACACAUGCACGUGCUAUGGAUCUUUUGAGGCAAGCUGGGUUUCAAGAGGAAGGACGACUAUCGGUUGGAGUUAAGAAACUUUUGAAUAUUGCAGAAAUGUGUAGACAAGAUGAAGAUAGAGCAGCUGAUAAGUUAGCAGUGGAAUUAAUGAACUUGAAUAUCUGAUGAAUUUCCGGACAAUCAAAAUUCAGUAGCCAAUGUAUUUUCUUGUUGGCCUCCUUGCAUCUUCACCUCAUCUCUCCCAAAAUGAACACAUUCCAGAUUUGAUUUCAUCGAUUAGAUUUUUUUUUUCAUUUCUUGAUGAUUGUAAUUUUACUUUAGAUACAUACCAUGACACGAUCUUCAAUGAGAGUUUUCUUUUUGAUAUGCGUUGCAAUGCAAAAUUUUAAUGUGAAUAUAUGUACAUAAAUCAAUAGAUUGGUUCAAUCUGAAAAGGUCUAUUUUGAUGUUUAUUUGGUG